UCGCUUGUGUAUUAGUUCCAGUUUUUUUUUCAAAUGCGCAAUGAAAGCAAUCUCACCCAAAGGUACACAGAAUAUCAGCCAUCUUGAUCAGAAGAAAAAGAAGAUAUUUUAUGGAUUCAACGCUUUGGGCUGUGUGUAAUUCGAGUAACAUUUGAUAUUUAGGUAGAUACGAGUAAUUAAUUGACUUGUUCUUUACUUUUGCUAACAUUUGAACCUUCACGUAGUGUAGCGCAGUCUGUAGAGUAGCACGUUGUGUGUUGUAGCGUAUGACCGGCAGGCGCGGCAGUUCCAAGUCUAUGCGGGCCCAUGAGGAUCCUGAAGAACUGGUGCAACAAGACUGCUCGUCGCAGACGCACGUGUCGGCGCGCCCGCCGCAGCCCGCCACCACGACCUACCCCGUGCAGCCAGUGGUCCGGGACAGCGCGAGCGCGAUGGCGAAGCUGUGUCGCCAGCUUCCCGCGCCGACGCCUGUGUACCCGGCAGCGUCGUCGCCCGACCCCGCGCGCGCGCACCACGCGCCGCCCUCGCUGCCCCCGCUGCCCCCGCCGCCCCCGCCGGUCCCAACGGCCCCCCCGGCUCCAGGCAAGACUCCCGCGCCCGCCGCCGCCGUCAUACCGAGGAUCGAAGUAGACAUGGUGGAUGCGAGAUAG